ACCCCCUGGGGCCUAAAAGCUCGCUUGAGCCGAGCUUCAUGCAGCGAAUCUGACAAUAUGGCGACCUUUCGCUUGGUUUAUUGAAAUCAAAUUCAGCACGUGUAUAACAGUGCCAAACUUCAAUCUUGAAAACAUGGAUGAUAACCGUCAGGAGCAAACGAACGAUGGACCAGCCGGCAUGAACCCGGAUGGAGUUAUCGAGUCGAACUGGAGCGAGUCCGUCGACAACUUCGAUGAGAUGGGCCUCCGAGAGGAGUUGCUCCGCGGUAUUUACGCGUACGGUUUCGAGAAGCCGUCCGCCAUCCAGCAACGCGCUAUUAUUCCGUGCAUCAAGGGGCACGAUGUCAUCGCUCAAGCCCAAUCCGGUACCGGAAAGACGGCUACUUUCUCGAUUGCGAUCUUGCAACUGAUCCAAACCGAGAUCCCCGAAUGCCAGGCGCUGAUUCUGGCCCCGACCCGUGAGCUGGCGUCGCAGAUCCAGAAGGUGGUGAUUUCGCUGGGCGACUUCCUGAAGGCCCAGUGCCACGCCUGUAUCGGUGGCACCAACGUGCGUGACGAUAUGCGUCGCCUGGAACAAGGGUGCCAUAUCGUGGUCGGUACGCCCGGUCGUGUCCAUGACAUGAUCUCGCGUAAUGUGCUGCGCCCGAAUAGCAUCAAGUUGUUCGUCCUCGACGAAGCUGACGAGAUGUUGUCGCGCGGUUUCAAGGACCAGAUUCAGGACGUUUUCCAGAAGCUACCGCCGGAGGUGCAGGUGAUCCUGCUGUCCGCUACGAUGCCGGCCGAUGUGCUGGAAGUUUCGCGUCAUUUCAUGCGCGACCCGGUCAAGAUUCUGGUGAAGAAGGAAGAGUUGACGCUUGAAGGUAUCAAGCAAUUCUACGUGGACGUCAAGUACGAGGAAUGGAAGAUUGGCACGCUGUGUGACUUGUACGACACCUUGUCGAUCACUCAGGCCGUUAUAUUCUGCAACACCCGCCGCAAGGUCGAUCAGCUGACCGAGCAAAUGACGGAAAAGACGUUCACCGUGUCGGCCAUGCACGGCGACAUGGAGCAGCGCGAUCGUGAUCUUAUCAUGAAACAAUUCCGAACUGGCUCGUCCCGUGUUCUUAUCACCACGGAUCUUCUCGCUCGUGGCAUUGACGUGCAGCAAGUUUCGCUAGUUAUAAAUUACGAUCUCCCGACACUCCGGGAGAACUACAUUCACAGAAUCGGACGCGGUGGACGUUUCGGUCGUAAGGGAGUUGCAAUCAACUUCGUUACUGAGCAGGACAAGCGGGUUCUCGCCGACAUCGAGAAACAUUAUAACACAACUAUUGAGGAAAUGCCAGCCAAUCUGGCUGACAUGAUUUAAUUGCGGAACGAUUGCACUCCCACAUUUGUUUACCCCGGGCACAGCGAACGGCGGAAACAAACGUAAGCAAGAGCAGCAAGAGCAGAUUGUCUUUCUCCUCCAGUCCUCGGGGUUGUUGUUUGUUGUGCUGUUAUCGUUGUGAGUUUGUGAGUUGUGUGCCUAGUGAUUUUGUACCGAUAGCGAAGAACACAGAGAUUAAUCGAUAGAACGUUGAAACUCAAACAACCGAAACAUAGAUUCCAGAAAGCGAGAACGUGCGGACAGUGCAGUAGAGGAGGCACCGGCCCAAGGUUGGAGGCUAAGGGAAAGAAACACAGCGACGGCAGUACCAUUGCUUAGCGCAGCAUUAGCAGCAUCAGCAGCAGCAGCAACCGGAAGGCAGGAGAAGGAGGAUUUAGGGAGAGAGACAAGCGCGAGUACCCGUGAUUAGUAGAGGAACGCAAUAACAUCAGCGAAAGGAGGAUUCAAAUUAAGGACAGCGAACCAAGCAGCAUACGCAGCAGCAGCAGCAACACAACAACAACCACGUAAUUUCAUUAUAAAGAAAAUAAAAGCAACAAGUUGUAAAAGGAAAUUAAAAACGGAAAGCUAAAUCUACUAAUUUUAUUGCUAAUAAAAUUAAUCAACACACACAAACAACCAAAAUAUCAUGGAUGAAAUAAAAUGGAAAAACGAUGAACAUAUGAGAA